AUGGAUGAUUUUGAUUGGCAGCCAAUUUUGAAGGAGCUGCAGCGACCACCUAUGCGCUUAGAUUUUGGUAACACCAUCAAGGGCACUUCUGUGAGACUUGUUGAUGUGUUUGUGGAUUCCAUGUUCGAAUUUGUUGAUCAUAAAUUGUCGCCAUCUCAGAGUAACUUUGCUCCAAUUGAUUACGAGUUUAAAGAAGGUGUUGAUGUGAGAGUGACAGAAGGGGCAAUUCCAGAUGAUUUUCCAAUCGGUGUCUAUAUAAGAAAUGGAUCAAACCCACUUUUUGGAGGGUUGAAGUCAACGAAAUCUGUGUUUGGGAAGGCAAGAGAUAUCUGGGUUGAAGGAGAAGGAAUGCUUCAUGCUUUGUAUUUUAACAAAAGCAAUGGCACCUGGAAUGUUGUAUACAAAAACAGAUACGUUGAAUCUCAAACGUUCAAAUUAGAGAAACAGAGAAAUAAACCAUCUUUUCUCCCAGCAACUCAUGGGGAUUCACUCGCCAUCUUCUUGUCUUCUUUCCUGAAUUGGUUAAGAUUUGGAAAGUUGAACAAAGACAUGAGCAACACCAAUGUGUUUGAGCAUUCAGGGAAGCUGUACUCAGUUGCAGAAAAUUUCCAACCUCAAGAAUUUGACAUCUUCACUUUGCAAACUUUGGGUGAUUGGAACGUUAAUGGAGCUUGGAUGAGAUCUUUCACCAGCCAUCCCAAGAAAGCUCCGGGUAGUGGAGAGCUUGUAACUAUGGGAGUGGAUCUAAGUAAACCUUUCGUUGAAGUGGGAGUCAUAUCUGCUGAUGGAGAGAAACUACUGCACAAAGUGGAUCUCAAACUUAACAGAUGCACAUAUAGCCAUGAAUUAGGAGUCACGCAAAGGUAUAAUAUUUUCAUUGAUCACCCGCUGUCACUGGAUGUAAACAGGCUUAUUCUUGGAGGCCCAUUAAUAGAGUUUAACAAAAACAAGUAUGCGAAGAUUGGUGUUUUUCCUCGAUAUGGAGACUCAGAUUCGAUUCGGUGGUUUGAUGUAGAACCAAAUUGCACCUUCCAUAUUCUGAACUGUUUUGAAGAUGGAGAUGAUGAGGUUGUAGUGAUUGGGUGUAGAGCUCAGGAGUCAACAAUCCUGCUGGGAGAAGAUGAUGAGGGUUCUAAAGAACUUAAUGAACUGUUGUUUUCUCGUGCUCAUCAAUGGAGAUUAAACAUGAAAAGUGGAGAAGUGAAGGAGACAAGCCUAACUCCAUCUAAUAUCUCAAUGGACUUUCCUUUUAUAAAUUCAACUUUUACAGGUUUGCGAAAUAAAUAUGGCUACACCCAGGUUUCUCAUCUCCUUGCAAGUUCAAUAUCAGGCAUGCCAAAGUUUGGAGGCAUUGCCAAGUUGUACUUACAUGAGAAACAAACUACUGCUUCUUCUAAUAGGCUGAUAAAAAUGGAAUUCCAUGAGUUUGAGGAGAAUACAUAUUGCACAGGAGCAGCUUUUGUUGCUAAACAAGGAGGUGUUGAAGAAGAUGAUGGGUGGAUUAUCACCUUUGUUCAUAACGAACAAACUAAUAUCUCUCAAGUUUAUAUAAUUGAUGCAGACAACUUCUCGAGUGAACCAGUAGCAAAGAUCAAAUUGCAGUGUCGAGUUCCCUAUGGUUUUCAUGGUGAUUUCUUCCCAAUUCAUAUGUAA